AUGUAUGAUGACUCCUUUGGACUCCUGUCGUCUCAUGCAAAUGCGGAAGCACCUUUGCAACCAUGCUCCCCAAGCAAUCCGCAGGUGGACCUUUUUAGCCCGGAUGAUCUAAAUCAAUUUUUGCGACAAGAUGUGAAUCAUGAAAGCAAGGAUGGAAUGUCCACCCCACCCGACUCUAACUUAUCUCAAGAUUUUUCUUUGUCUGCAAUGGGACUCAAUGAACUGGCCAGUCCAUUCACGGGAGUCGAUGGCAGUGACCAAGGUGUAUCGAAUGCUAAGGCUCCUUCUCGUUCAAACCCGACCUCAAUGCUGAAGAGCUGCUCUGACUCGCCUGUUUAUAACCAGAAUAAACAAGGUUUAUCACCAUCUAAAGCUGCAAACCCCGUAAACACCUCGGCCACGAUGGCUCUAUCCACGCCGCGCCAGGCCAACGGUCAAAGGCGAUUUAACUGGGCCGAAAUGAUAUGCUACACUAUCGACGAAAGCCCUGAAGGGAAAUUGUUUGUUCAAGAUUUGUUCGAGCGGAUGGUUAAAAAGUAUCCCGAGCUUCGUGACAGAGCUCCGGAAUUCAAUUGGGAAGCCCGUGUAAAGAACAGAAUAAAGUCCACCUUGUCCACGAAAAAUAACUUGUUUAUCAAACUUCCUAGACACGAUCGACCGAGUGGAAAGGGUAGCUGGUGGGCGCUUAGUCCUGAUGCUAGGGAGGCUCUUCGCGAGGGUUGCAUCUCUGAUGCCAUCAAAGGCAUUGGUAUCUCGCCCUUGGCAUCUCGUCACAGUGUGCAAGAGCCGGGUAACAAGGAAUCGUUCUCGUCUAUACAUGAUAACUAUCAGCAACAUAUGGGUGCUCCACAACGGUCUUUAUCUGCUUAUGGCUCUGAGCCUCGACUUCAACAAAAAGAGCUAAAGUCGAUCAACUGGAUACAAGAUAACACUUUAAAGCAGUUCCCUGCUGAGCGUGUUGGACCCUAUACAAGCUCUAUGCUUGCUCGUCGGCGGCUAGGAAUGAAGAAACCUGGUCUCUCUCGUCUUAAUUUGAGCGCCUCUUCAUUUUAUGACACUGUUAAUGAUGACGCGAAUACAGCCGCAUCAGUUUCUAAUCCUUCUACCCUCUCGUCGAUGUUCACACAAAUGCAAGAGCAUGUAUCCACACCCGAAUCUAGCGUGUUUUCACUGUCACCUGUCACGGCAUCCUUCCCAUCGCCUUUGCCUUUGUCUCCCGGGAUCCAGGCCAAUACACAUUCUAAUUAUGAGCAAAACACGUAUCAACCUUCUUCUUUGUGCAAUUCCUCUAUCCCCGGCAACGAUUCUUCAUUCUUUGGGCUCAUUCAAGCGAAUGAUGUUCCUUUCGAUUCCUCUAACAUGCCACAAUAUUCAGCAGAAAACCUUAUUGAUUUUAACUCCACUAAUGCUGAGUUAAGAAAUAUGACGAUCUCCAAUGCCCCGGAGGUUUCUGAGUCUGGCUUGUUGAACGGAAAUAUCGAAGAAAACAGUAAUGACUUCCCCCCCGACGUUCGCUCAUUGUUUGAAUCCUCCCAGAUGCAAAGCACCACGCCAGUGUUCCCUACAAUGAAUCAGUCACAGGCUGCAACCUCUUGCAGUUUACCCUUGGACUUCCGAAACACGACACCAAUUGAAAGUCAAGGGCCAACUACGUUUUCGUGUCCUGAAUAUACUAACAAUGACAUGUAUGACUUGCUAAUGAAUAAUAUACUUGGAUCUGUUGCUUCAUUCAAGUGUAGUCCAGGAGAUGCCGUGGAGUGCAAUCAGUCAACGUUUGACCCAAACAACAAUAAUUUAGCUCAAUGGAACAUUGAUCUCGGGUGA